GUACGGGCUUUGUAGAGAUUAUUACAUUUUUACCAGUCGGGUCGGCUUUGUUUUAAAACUGCUUCGAGGAACAGGACAUCCGAUCAGUACAGAUCUACCCCCUCUGCUCUCCCCCCUGUGAAUCUCUGCUCUGGUCGUCGUCUCUCCGCUGUCGAAGAGAAUGCAGCAUUUCCGAAAUUACGUACUCAGGCGUAUCCGCCUGUCCGCAAAGUCUCUAGCAUUCGAGGAAGGUGGAAGGCCUCUCUACGGGCUGACGCGGUGCAUGUGUGCUUCAUCACACGAUUCAAGCUCCGAACGUCUGACGGCUCGAGUUGUAGAGCUGGUUAAAAAUUUUGACAAGAUAGAUGCGAGCAAGGUGACAGACACUGCUGACUUCCAGAAGGAUCUGAGCCUGGACAGCUUGGAUAGAGUGGAGCUUGUCAUGGCCUUUGAGCAGGAGUUCUCCAUUGAAAUUCCGGACGAUAAGGCUGAUAAACUUACUUGUUGUGCUGAUGUCGUGAAAUAUAUUCAGUCUGAUGCUCAGUCCACCACCAAUGCUGAGAGCUCCUGAUAA